AUGGCGACCGGACAGCAAAAAUUCCACUCGAUGUCUCCCCGAUCAGCCACCCAGAAGACGUCGCCGCCACGGCCGACCCUCGAUGACGGCCCUGGAGGAAUCUGCACGCCGACGACUUUGUCCAGCUACUCAGACGGCUCGCUGCCCAUGCGGCCCUUCUGCACGCUCACGGACUUCUCGACCAGGCUUCUCCUCCAUCUGCUUCGCGAGAACGACGGCCCCAACGUGUGCGUGUCCCCUUUCGGCGUCACGGUGGCACUGAGCAUGGCCCUGGCGGGUGCCGGCGAGGUCACCUCCAGCCAGAUGGUGAACGUGAUGGGGGCCAUAGACGCCAAUGCCCUCUACAGGACUUGCGAGAAGAUCUCGUCCAUGCUCAACUCGGCGGAGUCCCACACAAAGGUGUACCUGGGGAGCAAGAUGUACGUUUCUCGCGACGUGCCCAUCUUCCCCGAGUUCAAGGAGACAGUGGCCGAGGUCUUCAUAGACGAGCUGGGCGUCCUCGACUUCAAAUCCAGUCCCAGCGACGCCGCGCGCGAGAUCAACAGCUGGGCAGAGAAGGCAACCGAGCGCCAGCUGCCCCAGGUAGUGAAGUCCAGCGACGUGAGCACUCACACGCGCAUGGUUCUCGUCAGCGCCAUCUACUUCCGGGGUCUUUGGGGAGAGGCCUUCAUGAAGGCAACCAAGAGCCAGUUCUACGUGACCCCCACGGAAACGGUGCCCGUGUACAUGAUGGAGUCCCUCCGGGGCGCGCACUACUGCUCCAGCAAGCAGCUUCCUUGCGAGGCCCUCGAAUUGUCUUACGUCUGUCGGGCCCUCAGCCUCCUUGUCUUGCUGCCGGACGUGGGCACGUCCUUGGAGACCCUGGCGGCCGCCUUAAACUACGCCCACCUCAGGAAGCUCAUGAGGGAGCUCAAGUCGGUGACCAACAUCGCGGUAUGGUUUCCGCGCCUGCAACUCCUGCGAACGUACAAGCUGGAGGGAGCCCUGCGGGACAUGGGCAUGCAGAACAUCUUCGACCCUUCGAACGCGGACCUGUCCAAGAUGAGUUCGGAUGCGAACCUCUGCGUUGACAGCUUCAUCCACGAGGCCCUGUUCGAGACGAGCGAAGAAGGACUCGGCGAAGGGUCGCCCGUACCGUCCCCGAUCCCCGCCGACUUACACAAGUUUCGUGUUGAUCGGCCUUUCAUCUUCGUGCUACUUCACCAUUUCAAUCACGCCGUGGUCUUUGUCGGUGCCGUCCGCAAGCCCUAG